AUGUUGUGCAAAUUGCUUUUUCUUAUCAGCUGGUUUACAACUGCUAUUUCAGAUGAACAUAGCAUUCCGAUCCAACUCGAUAACGUAACUCCACACGACAAAUCCGAUGAAACAUUCCAUGCAAGUAUUCUAAGAUGGACUGGGAAAGGAAGGCUUGCCAUUUGGUCAAUUUCUGAAUCACGUAACUCAACCAUUGCUUGCUGGAUUAGAAAAAGUAAGAGUGGAUCGGGAAAGGAAGGCUUGCCAUUUGGUCAACUUCUAGAUCACAUACCUCAACCAUUGCUCGCUGAAUUGGAAAAAGUAAGCAAAACAGUGGCAGAAAAAUCAUAA